AUGGCGCCGCUGCAUCUGGCUGCGCUCAGCGGCAGCGCAGAGGUGGCUCGCUUGCUGUCGCACGCAGCCGCGCUGGGGCCCUCGCCGGGCCUCAGGCUGACCGAGGGAGUGGCACCGCCGCCGCCGCCGCCGCCGCCGCCGCCGCCGCCGCCGCCGCCGCCGCCGCCGCCGCGGCGGAGCGCCGACCGGCCGACGGUCGCGUUCGCGAUCGUGCUCACGAAGGACGGCCCUUACCUGGACGGCGCGGCGGUGCUGGCGGAGGCGGUGAUGGGCAGCUGGCGCGGCCCCAACUCCUCCUCGUCGGGAGCACCGGGCGGGGCGGCCUCGCAGCCGGCGGUCGACUACGAGCUGGUCGCGAUCGUGGCGCGGAACGUGACGGCGAGCCGGCCGGUGCUGCGCUUCCUGGGCUACCGCGUCCUCGAGCGGCCCCUGCCGGUGGCGGUCGCGGACAUCGCGCCCGGCUUCCUGCGCGACCGCAUCGCCGCCAGGGGCUGCUGCGGCGCCGACGAGCUGCUCAAGCUCUGGGCCUACUCGCUCGCCGAGUACAGCCGCGUGCUGCUGCUGGACAUGGACUCGCUCGUGCUGCGCAACCUCGAUGAGCUCUUCUUCGCCAACCGCCCCGCCGCCGCCGGCGGGGGCCGCGUCCGCGGCCUCGCCGCCGCCGCCCUGACCGCCGCCGAGGCGCGCACCGCGACCGAGGAGGGGAGGGCCGGCAGCCGGCCGCCCGGCGGCGGCGUCGGCCGCGGCGAGGGCCCGCGCAAGGACCGGCGCCACGACGCCCCGGCGGCCAACGUGGAGGGCGCGGCGGCGGCGGCCGCGGGCGGCGGCGGCGGCGGCGGCGGCGGCGGCGAGGGCGUGGAGCUGCUCUUCACGUACGACUACGGCAUGGACGGCGGCGGCACGGCGGCGCCGCCCGCGCAGGGGGGCUUCCUCGCGCUCCGCCCCUCGGCGGCCGCCUUCGCGGCGCUCUGCGCCGUCGUGCGCGGCGGCGACUUCCGCAAGGGUCAGGGCUGGGCCGGGUCCCUCAUCGGGCCCUACUGGGGCGGCAUGACCAUCCAGGGCCUCGUGCCCUACUACUACCUGCGCGUCGAGCCGACGGGCCGGGCCGCCCGCGAGGUCGACCGCUGCAUCUACAAUAACAUGGCCGACAACGCGCGCUGCCGCGCCACGCCGCUCGCCGACAUCGCCAACGUCCACUUCACCGUCUGCCAUAAGCCCUGGAUCUGCCUCGCCCACCACGAGUACGACCUCUGCUCCCGGCUCCACGACCGGUGGUUCGCCCUCCGCGCGCGGCUCGAGCGCCGCCUCGGCCUGCCGCCGCCGCCCCGCGGCCCGCGCUUCGCGAAGCUCGGCCGCGGCGGCUGCGCCCACGGCGGGCCCAAGGGCUACGUGCCCGUCGCCAUCGCGGACGCCAUGGCGCGCCUCGGGCCCGGCCACGUCGUCUUCCCGCCGACCCGCGGCGCCCGGCGGUCGUCCCGCGCCCGCGGCGCCGUCGCCGAGCGCUAG